AUGAAGAACUCGAGGAUCUUUUUCUCGCCAAUUUCGCUAACCGGGGCCAAUAAUAUAUUGAACAUCGACAAAUCUGCUACGAAAGAGGAUAUACGCAAGGCUUAUCGCAAGGCAGCUCUUGCGCACCAUCCCGAUAAAGUUUCCCCAGAAGAACGAGAGGGAGCUGAAGUACGCUUUAAGGCCGUGAACCAGGCUUAUGACAUCCUCUAUGACGAUGAGAAGAGGCACAUCUACGACACCCAUGGAAUGUCGGCGUUUGAUGGGUCGGGACGGGCUGGUAUGCAAGGCGGCCCCGAUCUCGAUGAUCUCCUCGCGUCGAUGUUCGGUGGGGGGAUGAAUAUGGGAGGAGGCAUGCCGGGAUUUGGCGGGCCAAGACCUAGCAAGCCAAGAAAGGGACAAAACGAGGUUCAAGAGUAUUCAGUGAGUUUGGAGGACUUGUACAAAGGCCGGACCGUCAAGUUUUCAAGUACCAAAAAUGUCUUAUGCAGUCUCUGUAAAGGGAAGGGUGGGAAAGAAAAGGCUACACCAAAACUGUGCUCUACUUGCGGGGGUGCUGGGUACAGGGAAACCUUGGUACAAGUAGGGCCGGGCAUGGUCAGCCGGGCUAUGGCGGAAUGUAAGGUGUGUGAAGGCUCAGGGAGCUUUUUUCAACCAAAAGACAAAUGCAAAAAAUGCAAAGGGAAACAAGUCACAGAAGAGCGCAAGCUCCUCGAGGUCUAUAUUCCACGUGGCGCGAAACAAGGUGACAAGAUCAUAUUGGAGGGAGAGGGAGACCAGCUGCCAAACACAGAGCCAGGAGAUAUUAUAUUCCAUUUAGAGGAAAUAGAGCAUGAAACAUUCCGACGAGCCGGUGCGGAUCUGAUGGCCGAUAUUGAAGUCACCUUAGCUGAGGCGCUCUGCGGUUUCUCCCGUGUAGUGCUGAAACACCUUGACGGAAGAGGCAUCGAGAUCACACACCCUAAAACAGAAGGUUCUGUUCUGAGACCUAACCAAAUCCUCAAAGUCGCAGGAGAGGGCAUGCCUUUCAAGAAAAGUGAUGCGAGAGGCGAUCUGUACUUGGCUGUCCAAAUCAAGUUCCCGGAUGAUGGGUGGGCUUCAGAUCCCACUGCUCUUACGAAGCUACGUGAGAUCCUUCCUAGACCGGGUCCUACCAUCAAGGCCGAAACGGUAGAUGAUGUCGAGUACGAUCCGAAGGCGAGCCUCGGGGAGUUCGGAUCCAAAGACACCCAAGGAAACUCAUCUUGGGAGGAUGAAGAUGAAGAGGAUGGUGGACAAACACAAUGUACGACACAGUAAAGGCCCGCAUAGCCUAUUAAGCUCCGGAAUCGCAUACCAUAUUUCUUGCUUUCAUUUUUCAUUUUUUCCAUUUUUAUUUUUUUAGAACUUUGAUCCCCGCAUAUCGUGAGAGGCUCUCUAUUUCAGCGAAAGCCAACUGAGCAUAUACCCUACAAAUUGUUGGAAGUCUGGUAUUCAGAAAUAAUCAGUUAUCUCCGUUUCUUGUUUAUUCCUUUUCCCUGCUUCCGCUAACGAUAACCCCGGCCCUUUUCAACGGCGUGUUGGAUUAUGUGCCUUCAAAAAAGUUGGCUUCGAGCCUCUCGAAAUGAAGUGGCAGUGUGUGAUGUAAUCACAACUCAUUUUCUUAUGAUGAUGACUACGAUUGUUUUU